ACAACAUCACCUCUCACCCUCUCAUAUAUCCAACCCAACAACAAAUAAUCUCUCUUCCAAAACUCCAACAUGCAGCUCACCAACCUCCUCCCCGCCGCAGUCCUCCUCGCAUCCACCACCUCAGCAACAACAUUCAAAAACUUCCAAGACAUCUCCUGCAAAGCCUGGAACGAAACCUACGUCAAGGUAACCAAGGAAGAACUCCAAAAAGUCGUCCAAAACGGCUACGCAACAGCCCGUGUCACCGAAACCGGUGCCUCUGUCUAUUUCAACACGCCCGAUCAGAGGAAGAAGUGCCCUCCAAACUCGGAGAACAACUUCAAAUGGAUUGAUGUUCCUCAGUGGUCUGAAGGGUACCCCAAAGGUCCUGGAUUCGGCGCUUCUGUUGCUGCUAUUUACUACAAGGAGACGGAUACUUAUGCUCUUUGCCGCAAUAUGGGAAAUGUGCAGCCGAAUGGAUACGCUGGUUUGUGCGACGUAUAUUCCCCUUAGGGGAAAAGGGAUAGCCUGCAUGCUCGCUUUGAGAUCAGUUCGGGCUGGAAAUCGACUCAGUAGUAGUAGUCGUGCGACGUAUAUGUCUAGGUCAUCCUGAGAUUAUCUCACACGGGGGUUUUGAGGAAGUCAUUGUAUGUGUGGUCACAUAGGAUUUUUGUAUAUAGCUUUUUUUUUUUUUUUUUUUUUGCAGUGGUAGUCGCGAUGCUGAGAAUGUCUUCCAAGACCGUAAUUCAAAUUUGUUACUGUCA